AUGCCUACUUAUUCACUGGGCCCUGGUGGCAUCACCACUAAAUUUCGCUCCAAGUCAAAAUCCCAGAAAAAAAAGUGGCGAGAAGAACCGCAGCAGCCAAAAGAGUACUCUACAACAUUGGUACCACAUGAUGUUGCAGCGUGGAAAGCCGCCCUGGAGGCCGCGAUAGAUCCCAAUACGAUAUGGACGGAGCAAGACUUAAAGCAGGAAUGGCUCGAGAAUAAGUACAGAUGGUAUAGCUGGAAUACUCCAAUCCAUCUGACCUUAUUUUUGGAAGAUUAUGCUUCUGCCGAACUCCUCUUAAAUUCCGGCGCUAAUAUCAAUCUGCAUAACGCAUUGGGUAGAACUGCGUUAAUGGAAGCGGUUCACAACCAUCAACAUAAGACAGUGGACUUCUUGAUUGACCAUGGCGCUGAUCUGAACGCUCCAGUUGUUGAUGCAACCUUCCAAGAGACGACCUACUGGCAUACGCAUGAAAAAGUGGAAGUGAAUACUCUUCCAAUUUACGAAGCCAUACGUUUUGCGGAUGUGCGCAUGGUACAGAAACUGGCUGAAGCUGGCGCUGAUGUGAAUUGUGCUUCAAGAGAAGGUUGGGUACCUUUGGAUAUUGCGUUGCUAGACAAACAGGGUCCUACGAUAGCUGUACUUCUCAAGCACGGCGGCCACUUUUCUAGUGUAGCCAGCUAUGAGUCGCAUUUCCGUGACGAGCUCCGUAUCAUGGCACGCAAGUUGUUCUGUGCAUCGACUCAUCGGGAGCUGUUUCCUUCUCAGGACCUACUGGAGGUGUACUGGUGGAUUAUUUCGACGCCGGACAUCCAGGGAAUCCUAUGUGAUCGGGAUAUGGACAUAUCUCUUACGAGUGGCCGACUGAUCAAGAGCUUUUUUAACACGCUGUGUGAAAUUGGUCAGGUAGAGGAUCUCCAAGGGAAAGAAAAGCCUUUCUGCUCGCAGUGCGUUGCAUUUCAAUCAUGGGCCUGUCCAACAUACGAGACACGAUCCGAAGGUCACGAUACUGCCGUAUAUGGUGACUGUUCUGUGUUUGAGCUUUAUUCUCUGCGGGAUCAUUUGGAAGAGUCAGCUCGUCUUGGCUGUCCACUUUGCAGUAUGAUAGCCGAUGGUAUUGAUAAGCAGGAGAGCUAUCAACGCCGUUGGCUGGGAGAGAAGGGUGACACGGAGAUCGAAAAAUUUAAUACGGAAGUGGUCGGAGCAGUAGCUCUUGAGCUUAUCCGCCCAGGAAGUUCAUUUUACAUGGUGCGCAUAUUAAUGGGCUCCUCUCUCAAUUUUGUUCUUCAUUUAACCCAUUUAGAUGGUGAGUAA